UUAUAGUCCGCAUUGGAAUAGAACCCGGCCUUUCCGGCCCUUCUCCAACGCCUUCUCUCUCUCUCUCUCUAUAUCUCUCUAUCUUUCCAGAUGCUCUUCCCGAUUAACCAGCAUCUAGGGUUUCUGCCUGUCUACUUCCGACUACUUCAUUUCCAUUUUCUACUGUAACAAUCAUAUCUCACCUGAUUGCUUUCUCUCUCUACAAAUAUCCAGAACGCACUCUCUUUCUCCUCUGUAUACUCUUGAGCCUUUUUUAGCCUUUUUCUUUUGAGUUCGGACUGAGCUUAAACAGGAGCUGGUGAUGGCGAAGACGAAACCGGGGAAGAAGGACCUCGACUCUUACACCAUCAAAGGCACCAAUAAAGUUGUCAGACCUGGGGAUUGUGUAUUAAUGAGGCCAUCAGAUUCAGAUAAGCCCCCAUAUGUUGCUAGAGUCGAGAAGAUCGAGGCCGACCACCGGAAUAAUGUGAAGGUGCGAGUGAGGUGGUACUACCGCCCAGAGGAGUCCAUGGGUGGCCGCAGGCAGUUUCAUGGAGCCAAGGAGCUAUUUCUGUCAGACCACUAUGAUAUUCAGAGUGCACACACAAUUGAGGACAAGUGCAUUGUGCAUUCUUUCAAGAACUAUACCAAGCUGGAGAAUGUGGGCCCUGAGGAUUACUUCUGUAGAUUUGAGUACAAAGCUGCUACGGGAGGGUUCACUCCGGAUCGCGUAGCUGUAUAUUGCAAGUGUGAGAUGCCUUAUAAUCCUGAUGAUCUCAUGGUACAAUGCGAAGGAUGCAAGGACUGGUUUCAUCCCUCCUGUAUGGGUAUGACCAUUGAGGAAGCAAAAAAAUUAGCACAUUUCUUGUGUUCAGACUGUUCAGCAGAAGAGGAGGAACCUAAACGGCCGUUGAACUCAUUUCAUGGAUCACCAUCUAUUGAGCAUAAGGUGGAGACAAAACGCAGAAAGAGAUGAAUGAAUGAAUGAAUGAGCAGCGAGCAGAGGAUUUUACUCUCCAGCUUCGCUCGAGUAUUGUUGUAUUCUGGACAUGUACAGUGCCGAGAAGAUACUGACUGGCUUAUCAACAAGCCAGAGGCUGUUCUAAGUUUAUAAUGGCGACUUUGUUAAUUUAUAAAAUGUGUUUUGACUAGACUGGGAUACAACUCCAGUUCAUACUCCCCCAUUGAAUGUUAAUUCUUGUGACCUAAAAGAGGGAAUAGCUGGAGAUUGCAUUGCAGAACACAAAGUGGAGCAGACAGUUAACUGUUACAUGUCUCUCUCUUUUUUUUUUUCUUCUUUUUGGUUGUAUAUAAAUAUUUAGCAGUAAAGGAUGCAGUUGCAGUGGCGCCCCAAUGGUGGAAAUGUCAGCAUUCUCCUUGCUGCCUUGCUGCUUCAUAAUAGAGAUUGCAGGGAGAAGAGGGCAGGCAUUGAGGACAGUAAUGACAGCAGGAAUUACAAAACCCGGACAAGAGAUAAUCAGGGUCAGAUUCUGUGUUUUGUAUCUAAAUCAUGUUUGAUUAUGUGGAUCACAUUGGUGGUCCCAGGCCAUUCUUGAGCUUUUUUUUU